AUGAAUACAGCAGUCAAGAACUUCCUCGCUAGCCCGCGCUUUGCUGUCGCUGGCGCCUCGAGCGACCCCUCCAAGUUCGGCCACAGAGUCUUUGCUUGGUACCUCCAGCGCUCGUUGCCUGUCACACCUCUCAAUCCAGCACGACCAAGUGUCUCUGUCUCUUCGAAAGAUUACGAUACUGUGCCCUCGCCCUCAGCUCUAGAACAACCAAAGGAGACAGGCCUGAGCGUCAUCACACCUCCUGCUGUGACCAAGAAGCUAUUGCAAGAAGCCAAAGAGGCAGGCGUGAGAGCUGUUUGGCUCCAACCAGGCAGCUUCAACGACGACAUCCUCGAGUAUGCAAAGAAGGAGUUCCCCGGCGCCGCAGUAGGUGGAGAUGGAGGUAGAGGUGGAGAAGGCUGGUGUGUGCUCGUGGAUGGAGAUGGCGGCCUGAGAGCUGCUGGAAGAGAACAAGGUCGCCUGUAG